AUGACCAGCAAAUCGCCCUUCAAGACCACCUUUGAGGCGGCCGAGGUCAUCAGGCCCAUCUUCACUGGUGGCGCAAUUGGUCUGGACAAUGGCGCCCGCGUCCUGGCGACGACCUUGGGAGAGGAUGUCGUUUUCACCGACCUGAAGACGGGGAAGCACCUGGGAAAGGUUGAGGGAGAUGGAGAGCAGAUUUCCACUCUCACGAUAACACCAUCCGGAUCUCACCUCAUUGUGUGCUCGCGAUCCUUGUCCAUGCGCAUUUACUCAUUGAAGUCGUCCGAAACGAACAGCACCAUUAGCCACCAACUCCUGCGAACCCUGAAGCCUCAUGCGACACCCGUCAUGGUUCUCGCUGUCGACCGAACUGGAACUCUUCUUGCGACGGGCGGAACCGACGGUGGAAUAAAGGUCUGGGACAUUGCCGGCGGUUACAUUACCCACACCUUCAGAGGGCCCAGCGUUCUUGUGUCUGCGCUGCAUUUCUUUGAAGUGGCCGCCAACUCGAAAAAGGCCCUUGAGCCGAGUAAUGCAAAGGACGACAAGAAGAAGAGGCGAAAGUCACAGACCGCGGCAGAUGAGUCGGCCGAGGAGGAGUCAGUGACUUCUAGAUUCCGACUUGCUUCUGGUAGCCAGGACGGCAAGGUUCGCGUCUGGGACUUGCACAAGCGCAGCGUUGUGGCAAACCUCGAGUCGCACGUGUCAGAUGUCCAAGGACUGGAUUACUCCCCCGAGCAGGAUGUCUUGGUGUCCGCAGGUCGCGACAAGACAAUUAUCUGGUGGGACGUUCGAUCGUGGAAAGUACGAAAAGUUGUCCCAAGUUUCGAGUUGGUUGAGACUGUUGGUUUUGUUGCCGAGGGAAGCAUCACAUACACGGCUGGAUCCAAUGGUUGUCUACGCUACUGGGACACGGAGACGGGUCGGGAGCUCACCAAGGAGCAAAACGCAAAGGCCGAACCCGAGGCGAUCGUGGGCGCCCUCUCGAGACCCGAGUUGCCUUUUAUCAUUUUGCUCCAAGUUGACCACACAUUGGCUCUUUACCACCCGCCCACCAAAGAGUCCAGCUCGCAGAUCCCAGAGCCAUUCAGAAGGAUAUCCGGUACCCACGACGAGAUUAUCGACCUCCAGUAUCUUCUUCCAGACUCCUCCAUGAUGGCCCUGGCUACAAACUCUGAAGACAUCAGAUUGGUCUCAGUCACCGAGCCUGGUUCCGGCGCCAUGGUUUCGUCGGAAUAUUUUGGACAAGACGUUGCGCUUCUCAAGGGUCACGAAGAAAUCAUCAUUUCACUUGACGUGGAUUGGUCAGGACACUGGGUCGCAACAGGAGCCAAGGACAACACUGCUCGUGUCUGGAAAAUUGACCCCGCCAACAAUUCCUACACAUGUCACGCCGUCUUUUCCGGACACGCUGAAUCGAUUGGUGCUGUGGCAUUCCCGCGAACGAGACCGCAGGAAGGCUCAAAGGCAUUUACUGACCCUUUGAGCCACCCGCCCGCUUUCCUGAUCACAGGAUCACAGGACCAGACCAUCAAGAAAUGGGAGAUCCCACGUGAGUCACAGGGCACCAAGAAGGGUCUUCGCGCAGUGUAUACCCGCAAGUCUCACGACAAGGAUAUCAACGCCAUCGAUGUGAAUCCUUCGUCGCAACUGUUUGCUUCUGCUUCUCAGGACCGCACAGUCAAAAUUUGGUCUACGCAAGAGGGUGAAGUCCAGGGUAUUCUGCGCGGCCACCGCAGAGGUGUGUGGUCCGUCAGUUUCGCUCCCUCGAAUACCCCUAUCAUUCAAGGCGAACAGGGCCCCGUGGCUGGAAAGGGUGCCAUGAUCACUGGCAGUGGUGAUAAGACUGUCAAGCUUUGGAGUUUGACAGACUAUACAUGUUUGAGAACGUUUGAAGGCCACACCAACAGUGUUCUCAAGGUAGUGUGGCUGAACAUACCAUCUAAUGAAGAGCGAUCGAAGAAACCCACCCUAUUUGCCAGUGCAGCCGGUGAUGGCCUUGUCAAGGUUUGGGACGCCAACAGCGGUGAGACCGAGUGCACUCUGGACAACCAUGAAGACCGAGUUUGGGCUCUCGCAGUGCAACGGCAGACAAACAUGAUUGUGUCGGGAAGUGGAGAUUCGACUGUCACUUUCUGGAAAGACACUUCUUCGGAAACACAAGUUGCUGCCACCCAAGAGCAAUUGAAAUUGAUUGAGCAGGAGCAGGAGCUUCAAAACCACAUACACGCUGGCUCAUACCGAGAGGCCAUUGUGCUAGCGCUGCAGCUCAACCACCCCGGUCGCUUGCUUUCAUUGUUCACGAGCGUAAUCAACACAAAGACGCCCGAAGCUGGCAGCCUCACAGGACUGCUGGCUGUGGAUAAAGUAUUGGCCAGCUUGUCUGAUGAGCAGCUAUUUAUGCUUCUCUUGAGAUUACGAGACUGGAACACGAACGCAAGGACGGCGCACGUAGCACAGCGGAUUCUUGGCGCUCUCGUGAGGAGUUAUCCCGCAUCAAAGUUUUCCAACUUGUCCGUAAAGGGUGCCCGUGGUCAGAAGAGUUUAAAGGAGGUCCUGAACGCCCUCAAGGUUUACACGGAAAGGCAUUAUAAGAGAAUGGAGGAACUAGUGGAUGAGAGUUAUUUGGUCGAGUAUACCCUGCAAGAGAUGGACAGUCUUGCGCCAAGUCUGGGCGAUAUGAACAUUACGGAUGGCACAGAUGGUGAUGUGAUCAUGGCGGCAUAG